AUGUCGCAAAAAUUCCAAAGUAAAAAACGAAAAGGAGACGAAGAAUACAAAGGCCUCGUCAAAAAAAUCAGUAUUAAACAAUCAAAAAACGGAUCUAAAAAUGACAGCGUGGCUUCCGCUGUAAAUAAUGAAUCAAAUGCUGGAGACGACGAGGCAAUAAUUCCGAAAAUGGCUAUGUUAAAUGCUGACGCAAUAAUUUAUGCUUCGCAGUCAGCAAACAGCUACUCUGCAAAUGACGCUGUCUCUAAACUCUUUGGAGAACAAGAUUUCUCAAGUAUUGCCUUAAAGCCUGACCAUGAGUCGCGUCCACUUUGGAUAAAUCCUAUCAAUGGGAUCAUUACACUUGAAGCUUUUUCACCUAUAGCUGAACAAGCGCAAGACUUCUUGAUAGCUAUUAGUGAACCGAUCAGCAGGCCAGCUCAUAUCCACGAAUACAAACUCACUCCAUAUUCUUUGUAUGCUGCUGUAUCAGUUGGUUUAGAAACUGAAGACAUAAUUGAAGUAUUAAAUCGAUUGUCAAAGAUACACAUUCCCGAAUCGAUCAUAAAUCUGAUACGACAAUGCACUAUCUCCUAUGGUAAAGUGAAGCUUGUGCUAAAACACAAUCGUUACUUUGUUGAAUCAUCAUAUCCGGAUACAUUACAAAAAUUACUACAAGAUCCGAUAAUUGCUGCUGCGCGACUUGUCAACACAGAGGAAGAUGAAAAGGCAGGAAUUUUCAAAGAAAAGGCACCUUCUAUGAAUGGCUUGGUCAUUGUACCUCCGCAGAAACCUCCAGAAAAACCGAUCGAAGGAAAACCUGAAACAAACAUUGAAGAAGCUUCCAAAGACGCGAAAAAAGAUGAGGUAGAUCUAUUUCACACAGUUGUAGAUCUGGAAAAAGAGGAUGAAGAAGACGAUGAUGGUGACGAAGUUCAUGCCUUUGAAAUAAAAUCGGAUCAAUUUGAAAAUGUCAAGAAACGGUGCAAUGAACUUGAUUACCCGAUGAUGGAAGAAUAUGACUUCCGAAACGAUAAUAAUUUAGCACCACUUGAUAUUGAUCUUAAACCUAUCACUGUUAUUAGACCUUAUCAAGAGAAAUGUCUGAGCAAGAUGUUUGGCAACGGCCGUGCGAGAUCAGGCAUUAUUGUAUUGCCUUGUGGUGCAGGCAAGACACUUGUGGGUAUUACCGCCGCGUGUACAAUCAAAAAAAGUACACUUGUUCUGUGCACUUCUGGCGUUUCUGUAAUGCAAUGGAAACAACAAUUUCUACAGUGGUCUAAUAUUCGUGAUUCUCAAAUAGCGGUUUUCACUUCUGAACAAAAAGAAAAGUUCUCAGGGCAAUCCGGAAUUGUAAUCUCAACAUAUAGUAUGGUUGCCAACACACGCAACCGGUCACAUGAAGCUCAAAAAAUGAUGGACUUUAUCAGGGGGCGUGAAUGGGGAUUUAUUCUGUUAGACGAAGUACAUGUCGUACCAGCAAAUAUGUUCCGACGCGUAGUGACAACCAUAGCGGCGCAUACAAAAUUAGGUUUGACGGCUACUUUAGUCCGAGAGGACGAUAAGAUUAGCGAUCUAAAUUUCUUAAUCGGACCAAAGUUGUACGAAGCGAAUUGGUUGGACCUUGCGUCAAAAGGACAUAUUGCUAAUGUACAAUGCGCAGAAGUUUGGUGUCCGAUGACUCCAGAGUUCUAUGGCGAAUAUCUUCGAGUUAAUUCGAGAAAAAGAAUGCUGUUGUAUGUGAUGAACCCCAAAAAGUUUCAGGCGUGUCAGUAUCUAAUACAGUUUCAUGAGGAUCGCGGAGAUAAGAUUAUUGUAUUCAGUGAUAAUGUCUUUGCUUUGCAGGCAUACGCAAUCAAACUUGGUGUCCCUUAUAUAUAUGGAAAAACACAACCUCAAGAACGGAUAAGAAUCUUGCAAAAUUUCCAAUAUAAUCCAAAGUGCAAUACGAUAUUUUUGUCGAAAGCAAGUGACACAUCUAUCGACUUGCCCGAAGCCACUUGCUUAAUCCAAAUCUCAUCCCAUUACGGAUCCCGCCGACAAGAAGCUCAACGCUUAGGACGUAUUCUUCGUGCAAAACGAAGAAAUGACGAAGGGUUCAAUGCAUUCUUCUACUCACUAGUAUCGCAAGACACGCAAGAAAUGUUCUACUCAACAAAACGACAACAAUUUCUCAUCGACCAAGGUUAUGCUUUCAAAGUAAUUACUAAACUAGACGGAAUGGAAAAUGCUUCAAAUCUCGUAUACCAAACGAAAGAGGAGCAAGUAAGACUAUUAAAUGAAGUACUGGAGGCUAAUGAGAAUGCCGCCGAUAUCGAUAAUGAUGUGGAAGCCAACGUCGAUGACUUGCCCGGCACUAUAACAAGUGCCAAUUUCGCAAGAACUCCUGGAUACACACGAAGCACCGCCAGUCUAAAGAGUUUGAGUGGUGCUGAUGGUAUGUCAUAUUUGGAAAGCGACGGGCAAACAGUCAGGAGGGCACUUGGUGUUGGUGGCGGAUCUUUAGAACAUUUGAGAGUCAAUAACAAAAGUAAAGGGAAAAAGAGGCAAGCAGAAGAAAAAGUUCAACAUAAUCCGUUCUUUAAGAAGUAUCGAAAAAAGUAA